UGUGCGUUCGACACAAGUAAACAGACGAUUGCUGUACAUUGCAUUCCACUUCUUAAACGGUGUGUAAUUUUCAUUCCGCGAGUCUAGCGUCUGGGAUGUACAAAAGCUAGGCCUACUGAAGGGGGCGGUCGUUGCUCAGUAUUCUCAAACAAUUUUGAAUACACCUUAAAACCCACCUGGGCUUAUUCCAAAGGCCGGCAAGUUACUGCAGCUUAACGAAAUCGACGACGGCUGCAUGUAAAUCGGUGGCAGACUGGGAUGAAAGAAACAAAUCUGUUGGCGCCCGUGACUGCUGCUGGAAGUAUGGCUACGGUGAAAGAAGCUAACUUACGGCAAAUUCAUAUCACGAAAUGUGACUCCAAUUCACAGACAAACACUCAUAAUGGGUAUGGAUCAUUUCAUUUCUGUCAACUGCCUCUACACAAAGCCAGCAGUUCGACCGGCCCUUAGCGACGAGUGUGUCGGGUGAAGGUAUCUGUCUCAAACGGCAGCGUCAACUGAUGGAAGAGCAGACGUCUUUAAACACAGAAAACUGACGACCAAACGAUUGAGGACAGAGAACGAGAUGAGUGUGUCCGGGAAUCCACAGGAAUCCUUCGUUACCCUCUCAGUCAGAGUGGCGGACGGCGGUGUGUUGUCCAUCGCGGAGCAACGUCAGGAAAGUGCAACCCAAAUCGGCAGGGUCAAAAGUUGUGAAGUCCAGCCGUUAGACAUAAGGGGAAGCCACCAGGCUAAUCAACGAGCAAGCCGCGGUUUAGGAAGUUCGUGUCGUCGUAGGCCCACCAAGGUCUCGGAGGAAAUGACUCCCUCAGGAGCCGGGCACCAGGCAUACCGCACCGUGCAUUUCGUGCUCGGUGUUGCCAGCGUGUUAAAGGCCAGCCAGCACGCUGACGGGUCGAGUCAGGUGGAGCUCCGACCGCUUGCGUUGGCGGCUGACCCGAGGCUCCCCCCGCUUUACGGGUGUAUCGACGGCAGGGGAGAGCUGCAGCUCUCCAUGGGGGACUACAACCAGAACGUGCUGGGAAGAAUGGCCAGUUUGGUGUCGGCGAUGGGGUUAGAGGAAAAGCCCUGCGAGAUCUCUCAAUCUCCAGCGAAGAAAGUCGUAGUGCUAAACGGAAAGACAUGGCCGACAUUUCCAGUAGCUGUGACGAUUCUCAACGGCGAAGUUCGAACACACAGACCUUCUUUCCUAGAAUCCCAAUUGACAGCCCCAGUAGCACCUACUUCCGUGAGAUUGAAAGCACAGUCCUCGGGACUAGGUCCAUGUGCUCCCCACCGUUCAAAACCGCCUGUACAAAUGCUACCUCUCAAUCACAACCCUGUAAUCAUCAAGCCUAUUACACCCACCAUGGGUGUUCUGACCACGAGAGAACCAAAGCCAGCACAUGCGCGAGUCGCUUCCACUUCCAGGAACAGAUGUGUGCCCGCAACAAGCAGGACCGCUGUCCUGGUGGCAGAAAAUGAAAACAACAGUGCGUCUGUAGGUCAGGUCUCGAACGCUCUGAAUGAAAACUGCACUGGUAUCCCAGAGUUGAAGAGAGCCGAUCACUACGGGUCGAUGGAGUCCGUAUGCAGCAUCGACACACCAAGAGGACGGCUUUACAUUGCAGAGCAGGAGGACAACCCACCGCCGCUUUCACCCCAAGUUCAUGGUCAUAGGGGUCCAGAUAUAGAUGGAAUGGCGGGACCGAUUUCCACACAGGCUCUACCUAAGUCCCUCUGUGAAUGCCACUUGGAAACGGCCAAAAGGAAGUCUGGAGAGUUUGAUGGUGCCAAGUCUGACAGUUGCCAAGAAUCUCGAAAGGCUGACCUGCUGCAGGAUGCCGCGUUCCUCAACGACGCACCUGUAUUAGAUGACACCAGCGAGACUGCUGCGGCACCUGAUGGCCUGGACACCCAAGGAGAUGCUACCUCGUCACUGGACACUGAACCAGACGCGCAAGCGGAAGGUGUCGCAAGCUUCUUGAGCUACCUGCAGGAGAUGAAUAAGCUGAUGGAAUCAGCGCUAGCUGGUGCUCCUGUCGAGACUUCAACUGAUCAAAAGUAAUCGACGGACGGCAGACAUAUAAACAAAAGUGCAACAUUGCACUGGCUUUGAAGCUGUUUGUUAAUUUGAUAAGUGCUUUAUGUGUUGCAUGUACAUGUACUUGCGUGAAUUCAGAUUCAUUUGUAAGCUUCAGCUAUAAAUUCCUUACCACUUACAUCUAUAUGAAUGAUCAAAAAUCCUUUUCUGAUCUUACAAAUACUAAAGGUAUUUAACAACACAGGGUUUAAUGAUAAUAACUAUUUAUUCAUUUUUAAAGCGCAAAUUUCAUGCAGUAAUGUUCAAAUGCACUGUACAAUAACGAUAUAUUAAACGGGUGCCAGCCAAUGGCACACAAGAACGCCUCAGGCAGCCGCUAAAAGACCCACAUUUGCCCACAUCUGUGGAGAAGAGAGAGUAAGAAGCAGUUACAGUUUUAGAGGUGGGAGGAAAACUCCAGGGAAGAAAUUUCUUGGUCAAACCCACGGAAUCAAGUAGGGACUGAAGAAAAAAAUCAGUCCACAUGUGGACCCAGCCGGGAAUCGAACCUGGUCUGCAGUGACAAACCUGACUCCACUUCAGCAAGAGUUUCACAUAGACUAGAAGUUUUCUAUUUGUUUUCCUAUAUCACGUAGUCAUGAAUGUUUUUCCGGAGGCAGGAUUUUUUGGGUUGGGGAAGUGCUAAUCGAUUGCAGACUGAUAAAACCAUAAACGGUGGAAGGGAUCAGUUCGCAGGUAUCUUCCAGCAAUAGUUGAUUUUUAUCUCGUUUGUAUUUUUUCGCUUUCGUUUCGUUCUUUUUCAUUUGCCGGGGAGGAAGCAGUUCAUUGCCCUCCCGCGACACCCAUGCAAGCACGCUGUUUGUGUCAAAAUAUGUAGUUCCACUUUGAGUAUACUGCUAAAGUUCUUUUGGUAUUAAAGUUAGUCAGUAGAUGCACAUUG